GACUUGAGAUUCUUAAAUUAUAUUCAUAUAAAACUAGACAUAACAUAACAGAUGUCGAUGCAGAGGUUCAGAGCCACCAGGAAGCUUUUGCCACACCUUUCAGCCAAUAAAAUCUCUCCAGUGUCUUCUUCUCUUGUGCUCCAUCAUCCAUAUCCAAAGAGGCCUUGUCUUGGAACUCAUGCACUCUAUUCAUCUUCCUGGCCCAAAGACCCAAAAGAUAAACUUCCUUCCUGGAUUCAAGACAUGUCAGUUUCUACAAGUUCAUCAUCAUCUGUUGCAAAACAAGCCAUCAUGCCUGAAAAUGGAGUUGAGCAGAUUGAAUUACUCAGUGCAGUUGAGGAUUUACAUGGAGGAGUUGUUGUAGACUUGAAAGAAUCUAUGGAUUCUGAGGUUUUCAGCUCUUUGCUCAGAGCUUCAAUGUCACAGUGGAAGCAAAAGGGGAAGAAGGGUGUGUGGAUCAAAUUGCCCAUUAAACUUUCAAAUCUUGUGGAUGCUGCUGUGAAGGAAGGAUUUAGGUACCACCAUGCUGAGCCAGAUUACUUAAUGCUUGUAAGAUGGAUUCCUGAAACUAUUGAUACUCUUCCGGCAAAUGCUUCGCACCGAGUAGGUAUUGGUGCUUAUGUCAUGAACAGUGAAAGAAAGAUACUUGUCGUUCAGGAGAUCAGUGGCAGAUUCAAAGACACAGGUGUGUGGAAGUUGCCGACUGGGGUUGUUAAUGAAGGUGAGGAUAUUUGUGCAGCCGCAGUUAGAGAAGUCAAAGAAGAGACAGGAAUUGAAACAGAGUUUGUGGAGAUUUUAGCAUUUAGGCAAAGCCACAAGUCAUUCUUUCAAAAAUCAGACUUGUUUUUUGUUUGCAUGUUAAAACCACACUCCUCUGACAUCGAGACGCAAAAUUUAGAGAUUGCAGCAGCCCAGUGGAUGCCAGUUGAGGAAUAUGCAGCUCAACCCUUCAUUCGACAAAACAAGAUGUUCGAUUAUGUAGCAGAGAUAUGCUUGGCAAAAUCAGAUAAGGACUAUGCCGGUUUUUCUCCAAUGCGUACAACAACAUCCUCCGGAAAAAGAAGCUACUUGUACCAUAACAAACGGGACAUGGACAAGAUACAGGCUACCGGUGAUCAUCAGUAGAAAGGCUGAUCAAACUCCAUAACAUAGUUGCAAUAACAGUCACUGUGGAAUCCUGUUGUAUAAAAAUCCCUUCAAGUGCCUCCCAUUUUACAUUGAUGUCAUGUCAAUAAUUGAUUCCUAUAUAUUGAUGUCAUUACAUUGCUUUAUAAUUUAUACCGAAAUUCCAGA